AUGGGUGGCAAAGCGUUGAAAAGAAAACUGAAGACCAUUGCCUCUGAACUUGCAGCAUUACUAUCAUUCAGCUCUCAGUUUGAUGUUUCAACUGGCAACAUCAACGAAGUGCGUGUAAGGUUGGAAAGCUUGCCUGAUAUCUCUGAGAGAUUUGAACUGCUUCAAACCGAGUUAGAGAACCUGGAGGAACAAGUCACUGAUGAACAACGCAUUAACGAACGAUUGACACAUAAAGAGCUCCUAUUUAGUGUCAAAGCAUCUCUAAUGAGUAUUGUAGAUUCCAGGCAGGAGAAUAGUCCAAGCUCUCUAUCAGUCAGUGAGAUUACCAGACAUGACGGUGAGAGUUCAAUGAGACUCCCGCCAAUCGAUGCUCCAAAAUUCAAUGGCGAUUGGCAGAUGUGGACGUCCUUCAUUGACUCAUUCAAUGCUAUGUUCCAUACCAACCGGAAACUAGCCCCAGUUCAACGGUUGCAGUAUCUAAAAAGUUGCCUAGAAGGACAGGCUAGUGAGGUCAUUAGGUCAAUCCCGACAACCGGAGAAAACUAUCUACAAGCCUACAAUACACUGAUUAACAGGUAUGAAAACAAAGGUGCUAUUGUACAGUCACACAUCCGGUCACUAUUCGAAACACCAAAAGUCCAUACUGCAUCAGCCACAGAGCUCCAAAAUCUCCAUCAUCAAAUCAUGUCUAAUGUCAACUCGCUAAAGGCUUUAGGUCAACCAGUUGAGUCCUGGGAUGCGUGGUUGGUUACUUUGAUCUGUAGUCGCAUGGACAGCGCCACAGUGGGAGAGUGGCAGCUACAUUACAACAAAAAGGACUUGCCAUCCUUUACUGAAAUUGAAUCGUUCUUGUUUAACAGAAUCGCUGCUUAUGAAGCUGGUGAGUUGAACGGCCACAAGGUUGAUUCCAACCCAGUGUCUACAAAGUUGAUCCCAGCAUCGUUCAACAAACAAAAACUGUCUAAAUUCAACGACAAGAAAAUUCUUGUUGUCAAAUAUAAUGAAAGUAAGCCUAAGUGUGUCUCAUGUAACUCUGAACAUUAUUUAUUUCAAUGUAUGAAGUUCAAAAAUUUGUCAAUUGAGGAACGCAGAGAAAUUGUAUUCAAAAAUCGGCUGUGUUUCAACUGCUUACGGUCUGAUCACCAAGUGCGUCAAUGCAGAUCGUCAUCAUGCACUCAAUGUGGGAAAAGACACAACACUUUGUUGCAUCUCAGCUAUGAAGAGCAGGAGGUAGAUGAGCACCGUAAUGACGAUAUCCAGUCAGCUCAGGGGUCAAGUAGCGCGCCACCCAACGUAGUCGGCUGCGGGAUGGUAAAUAGCACAAUACAUUGCAAGCCAACUAUUCAGGUGGUAUUGGCUACGGCUGUGGUGUUUGUGUAUGAUGCCGCAGGUAAUGUGAUGCGUUGUAGGGCAGUGCUUGAUUCAGGAUCACAGUUGUGUUUCAUCACUAAUAAAAUGGCUCGACGCCUUGGGUUACAGAUGGUCAACAAUAAUGUACCUAUCAUUGGCAUCGGACAGUCAAAAUCAUCUAUCAGCAAAUGUUGUAUGGGUACGGUGCAGUCUCGGUUUGGCCAGACACAGUUCCAAUUGCAACUUCAUGUGUUACCUACUAUCACCGGCGACCUUCCAACACAGAGUUUUGAUACAACUCAUUUAAACAUUCCUCGUGCAAUACAAUCAAAUUUAGCUGAUCCUGAGUACAACAAAGCUGGGACUGUCGACAUGUUACUUGGUGCUGAAAUAUUUUUUGAUAUUCUAAGGCAAGACAAACACAUAGUGUCAGACCAUGCUGCAUUCCAGGACACUGUGUUUGGGUGGAUGUUGGUUGGUAAAGUACUCACCCAAUCAUCUCUGGUUACACUGGUGCGUCCGGUCAUAAAUCAAUGCUCUGCGUUAUCGUUAUUCACAACGACAGUGUCUAGACGGUUAUGCGAAGAGGAGGAAGCUGUGGAACGUCAUUUCACACAGACCAUUCAUAGAAAUGAAAGAGGACAAUUUGUGGUCCGACUUCCGCUGAAGGAACAUCCCUUGUGUAUAGGAAAUACAAGCAUUAUUGCCAGGAAACGAUUUCUUAAUCUCGAACAAAAGUUGACCAAAGACAAGGUAUUGUCAAAUGAAUACGAUAAAUUUUUGAUGGAGUACUUGAAUUUAGGGCACAUGGAAAAAAUGGGACAAUUCAAUGAAACGCAAUCCAACGGAUAUUACAUACCCCACCAUGCAGUCUUCAAAAGCACCAGUACAACCACCAAGUUACGAGUAGUGUUCGAUGCAUCUACUAUAGGUUCAGCAGGAAAAUCGUUGAACGACUUGCUCAUGAAAGGUCCAGUUGUCCAACCUACAUUGUAUUCCACAUUGUUGCGUUUUCGAGUCCAUCAAGUAGCUCUCACAGCAGAUAUAGAGAAAAUGUAUCGGCAAAUACUGGUUCACAAUGACGACUGUCAGCUACAAAAAAUAGUUUAUCGGUCAAAGCCAACGGACGUGCUCCAAGAGUUUAUGUUGAAAACAGUAACUUAUGGGACAAAAACUGCCCCGUACUUAGCCACCAGGUGCCUAGUUCAGUUGGGGAACACAUGUAAUGAUUCAGACUUAGCAAGAAUCAUUCAAAGGGACUUCUAUGUAGAUGAUUUGUUGACAGGAGCAGACACUGAUGAACAAUGUCAUGUUAUUUUUGAAAAACUCACCAGUGUGCUUAACAGCGCCCAACUACCACUAAGGAAGUGGUGCUCGAAUUCAUCAACGCUCUUGUCCUGGUUACCUACCACCACCACCGAUGAUAACUACAUAAUAACAUUGUCAGAGUCCGACUCAGUAAGUGCGUUGGGUUUGCAAUGGCAACCAAGCACAGAUAGCUUUCGAUUUGUCAUGAGACCAUGGACUCCACCUAAGCGAAUGACUAAGCGUAGUUUAUUGUCAGAUAUCAAUAGUAUUUAUGACCCCAUUGGUUUGAUUACCCCAGUACUCAUCAAGGGGAAGAUCUUUUUACAGCAGUUAUGGAGUCUGAAAAUCGACUGGGAUGAAGUAUUAUCAGAUGACAUUUGUUCAAGGUGGACAACCUUCUAUUCCAGUCUCCAUCAACUUGUUGAUUUGGCAGUACCUAGAAAGGUGUUACUCGCCGAUGUUGUCACUCUUCAAAUACACGGCUUUUGCGAUGCAUCUCAACUGGCAUUUGGUGCAUGUGUGUAUCUGAGGUCAGUCGCACGUGACGGCAGUGUGUAUGUACAUUUGUAUACAUCGAAGUCCAGGGUUGCACCAAUGAAGGCAACAACCAUACCGAGGCUCGAAUUAUGCGGCGCUGUGACAGUAGCCGAACUUGUUCUUGAAGUUCAAGCCGAAUUACGUCAGUUAGAUGUCACAGUCUCACCUACCAAUGUGUUUUUAUGGAGUGAUUCCACAAUCGUUCUGGCAUGGAUUGCGAGCACUAGUUUAUUUCAGGUGUAUGUGUCAAAUCGUAUUGCGCGUAUUCGAGACUUAUCAACUACACACCAAUGGCACCACGUCCCAACAAACGAUAAUCCUGCGGAUGUAAUUUCACGAGGCAUUGAUGUGCAUACAAUCUCAGUCUCCUCCCUUUGGUGGCAUGGGCCACGAUGGUUAAGUCAAGAGUCAGGUACCUGGCCAGACUGCCCAGCGUUACCAACAGAAAUGCCUGAAGUGAAACCUGUGAAAUUUGUCUUAGCAGCAUCCUGCGUAGCUUCACCUUGGUUGUUAGAAUCAUAUUCAGAUUGGAUGAAGGUUCUGCGGAUCUCAGCUCUUGUUAUGCGGUUUAUUUCAAAUUGUCGGAUAAAAGCAGAAUAUAAGGAAAAUCGGUGUGUCGGGUUCAUCCUAUCGCAAGAGUUACAAGAAGCAAGAAAUCACUGGUUGCGACAAGCUCAAGCAGUAGCAUUUUCUGAAGAGUAUUCUUUGUUAAAAAACAAACAACAAGUUUCCCGUCGCAGUUGCUUAAAACAGUUAAGUCCGUUCAUAGACGAGGCUGGGCUGAUUCGUGUUGGAGGUCGUUUGAUGAAUGCUGCUAUAUCAAACUCCAGGAAGCAUCCCAUCAUAUUACCAUCCGCUAGCCAAGUUACUCGGUUACUAUUUAAAUAUGAACAUGUCAGACUAUUGCAUGUGGGACCGUUGGCAUUAUUAGCGCAUAUCAACAAUCAUUAUUGGGUUAUUAGAGGUCGAUGCAUUGCGAGAUCCACUGUAAGGCGCUGCAUUCAAUGUUUUAGAACCAGUCCCAGAUUUGUAUCCCCAUUUAUGGCACCGCUUCCACGUGAAAGAGUGACCAUCGCAAGACCGUUUGCACGAACUGGUGUAGACUAUUGUGGCCCGGUUAUGGUGCGAAGUGGAUUAAGGAAAGUCAUUCCUCUGAAAAGUUACGUGUGUGUCUUCAUCUGUUUAGUAACUAGAGCAAUACAUCUCGAGUUAGUGUCUUCAUUGUCAGCAGACGAUUUCAUUAGCACCUUGUCCAAAUUUAUGGCUCGCCGUGGGCAAUGUCGAGAAUUGUUCAGCGACAAUGGUACCAACUUUGUCGGCGCUGAUCGAAUCCUGCAAACUCAUAUUCAGGAAUGCCAAAAGAGUACCAAAGUACACAACUUUUUAUCCAGCCAAAGCAUUGACUGGCAUUUCAUACCACCGGCAGCACCUCACUUUGGUGGUAUCUGGGAGGCUGCGGUCAAAUCAGCCAAAAAACAUUUGUUACGUGUGUCCAAAGGCGUUAUGAUGACAUUUGAUGAGACUACCACAUUGCUAUGCCGCAUAGAAGCAGUUCUGAAUUCACGGCCAUUGACACCACUGUCAAGCGAUCCUUCCGAUUUUAAUGCAUUGACAGCUGGCCAUUUUUUGGUUGGUGGUCCAUUGCAGCUCCCACCUGAGCCAGAUUGUACAGGCAUUCCACAGAACCGGCUGCGUAGGUUCAAACUCAUGCAAGCCCAAACACAGAAUUUUUGGAAAAGAUGGUCUGCCGAGUAUUUGCCUCAGUGUCAACGACGUGGCAAAUGGACUAAACUCACGCGGAACAUUGAAGUAGGAGAUUUAGCAGUGUUGAAGAACGACAACAGCCCACCACUGCAAUGGGACCUAGUUCGUGUCAUCAAAAUUCAUCCAGGUCUUGAUGGAAUCGUGCGAGCUGUCACGGUACGAAAUUCAUCGGGAUCCGAGUUUAAGCGUCCAGCAACCAAAUUGGCUGUUCUACCCACUGAAAAUGAUGAAGUCGAAGAAGGACAGAACGUGUCAUAA